CGUUUAUCUUGUAGAAAAGAAACUGAAAAAGUGAAAAACUGUCCCGUUUUUCUCAGAUUUGAUGGGCUGCGUUUCCUCCAAACCAUUUAGGAAGGAUUUCAACCAGGAACUCCUUUUCUGCAAUGGAGAUUACACGAAUCACGUCGUCUCUCUUACUUCCAGCACAUAUGGAGUUCUCAAUCUCGACCAAGAACCCGUCAAGGAGACUACGAUGUCUCUUCAAGUCGUGUCCCCCAAACUUCAGGGAAAGAGAAUGAAAGAGCCGGAGGUCAUCAACGCUUGGGAAUUGAUGGAACAUCUGGAAGACGAAAUACCCAUAUCGACAAAGGACAAGAGACGCCCCAAAUCACGAGUUGUAGAUGUGGAUGUGAGGAACCCUUCCAAGUUCUUCAACGAAAUCAACUCGUCAAAGAAGCAGAAAAAAAUUGCAGGGAAGGAGAACAAGCAUCGACAGAGUGGAUAUGAUGGUUCAGUUGGACGUCCAGAGCACAAUUCGAAACAGUUAUUGAAGCCAUUUUCUUCUUUAGAGAACAUGCAGAAGGCCACACCCAGGAAGGUUACUCCCGUAGAUCUCAAAACGAAUAGUUUCAGAGGCCAGUCCGGGUUUUCAAGUUCGAGGAGGAGUUUAAGUCCCCUGUUUGAUCCAGAACUCCUUGAAUCCUUUGAGAGAGAACUCAGCGAAGAGGGUGAAAAGAUUAAAAAGAUGGUCUUUCCUGAACCUAGAAUUCGCAAAGCCCUAGAUUGGGAAUCCAUGCUCGAACAAUUUGAGAAGAAAUGCCCUCCCCGCGGCGAAAAUGCGGUAGUCAUCUACACUACCACAUUGAGAGGAAUCAGGAAGACUUUCGAAGACUGCAACAGACUCCGAUCCGUGGUAGAAUCUCAUCGCAUCCACAUGAUUGAGCGAGACAUUUCAAUGGAUUCUGGGUUUAGAGAGGAAUUAAGGCUCUUGAUGGGCAAAAAAGAGGUUAGAGUACCUGUAAUGUUCGUGAAAGGAAGAUUGAUUGGAGGAGCAGAUGAGGUGGUGAAGAUGGAAGAAGAGGGGAAAUUGGGAGUCUUGUUUCGUGGGAUUCCGAAGGCCUCGGUAGGCUGUGAAGGCUGUGGCGGCGUAAGGUUUAUAAUGUGUAUGGAUUGCAGUGGGAGUUGUAAAGUUUUAGAUGUGGAAAGAAAGAAAAUGGUUAAGUGUGGAGGGUGCAAUGAAAAUGGAUUGAUCAAAUGCCCUAUUUGUUGUUGAUUCAUACCUUAGCCCCACAGAAAAGGAAAUUUGAAGAUUUUUUUGUUGUUAAUUUUUGUUCUUCUUCCAAAACUUUCAUCGUUCUUUAUCUUGUAAGGAUCUGAAUCAGUAAUCAAUUUGGAAAGGUUGGUUAUAGGAUUUAAGUUUUACAAUCCA